AUGACCCGGAGGCUCCAUGUCAGGCUUCUGUUUAUGAUGAGUUUGGCAUUACAGAUCAUCCAUUUGGGAAACAGCGAUGAAAGAGAGAGACAUAAAGGUGGAGAAGUCAACCGCAGUGCAGCUCAGAAGCUCCAGCAGGCGACACUCAGUGGGACGCUGAAUGACGUUAGGGACAUCAACGAGAGCGCGCAGGGCUGGAGGCCGCAGGAGCUGACGCCGGGUGUCCGCACAGGUGCGGCCCUGCGGGCGCGCUGCUGCCGGAACGGGGGCACCUGCGUGCUGGGCAGCUUCUGCGUGUGUCCCGCGCACUUCACCGGCCGCUACUGCGAGCACGACCAGAGGCGCAGCGAAUGCGGUGCCCUGGUGCACGGUGCCUGGACCUUCCGCCGCUGCCGGCUCUGCAGAUGCGUCUUCGGGGCCCUGCACUGCCUUCCCCGCCAGACGCUGGGCCGCUGUGACCUGAAAGACUUGCUGGGCUCACACGCUAGUGGACUGAGCACACAUCGCAUGCUGAGUUUUCUCCUGCUGCUGCCCUGCGUUGUCCUGAGAUGCCUUGUUAGUGCAGGGGGAGACUCAACUCCAUUUAAAAUAGUCGAAGCUGAGGUUGAUGGAAAGGUCAUCCCCGUGCCCAGCUGUGGAAGUGCUGCCCGGGAGGUUGAGGUUGACUCGCUGGAAGCAGGAGCAGCAGGCACGGGCAUGAGCGAGGGGAACGAGGCUGCGGCGUGCCGGUGCUGA